UAUAGUUUUAUUCCCGAAUCAGUGAUGUGCAAAUGGCGAAUUGCAUCUCUUUUCUUUCAUUAAUUUUUAUUUUCAAAUAGAAAGUUUAAAAGUAAAGAAUAAUUAGAGUUUGGCAUGGGUCGGUCAAACAGAAUGAAUUUCAAUUUUGGCCCGUUUUGAUCAAGUCUAAUUUAUAAUCACAUGGUUCCUUGAUACCCGAUAAAAAUCUCAAUCCAAACCAGUUUGCCAGGUGAGUCUGUGUUUACCACCAUUUUCUAGGGAUACAGGAACGGUGGUUCCUAUCCCAAAUCGUGUUGUUCAUUCUUGAUUUCUUUAGAUUUUAUCAUGGCUUGGCAAAAAACCAGAAAGCACAAUGAUGACAAGAUGAAAGUUUUAUAAAGCAAAUUAAUCGGCCAACAGGCCGAGUAAAAGCUAGCAACGAUUGUGAGAUGCUCAUUUCCCGAAAACCAACGGGAGAGGCGAUUUUUUAUUCGUCUGGAAUUCGGUUUCCAUAAAACUUACUCCACCUCAUCAUAUUACCAGAAACAAUAUUGUUUCACAAGGUAACAGGUACUUGAUUUUGGUUCAUAAGGCUGAUUUUUGAUUCGUUGCAUUAUUCAUGUCUCUUUCCUACUAAAAUUCACUAUUUUUAUCACGUGUUUCCCAAAAAAAAAACUAUACAACAAUAAACUAUACACCUCAUUACAUUAUCAAAUUUCAUACCUCACCUUCCUCCGGUCAAAUGGUCGGGGCCAUGCUAAUAUAUAUAUAUAUAUAGUAAGGAUGGCACUAACUAGUCUAGAAAGGCUCUCUCCCAAAUUUUAGGUAAUUUGUUGCCCGAGUUUCUACUUAGCUAUACAACGUUACGUAUAUGGUUUACUAGUCCAAACUUACCUACAAAUUUGCAGGCUAUUUACAAAUUGAUACCUAUAUUAUAUAUAAUUGGCACCAUUGAAGGUGUUCAACUAGCCUGAGAGCUUCGAUAUCAAUAGAAGGAGGACCUACAACUUGAUAGUCUUUCUCUUAUCAACUACAGACGAGCUCACACAUUAAUAACAUCUUUGUUCUUCAAUUCAACAAUCUCUUUCAGCGAGAUUCGAUCGUCAUAUUUCUUAUGUUCAGAUGAUCGAACCACGAAAACUCAAACCUGACUAUAAACCCGGACCGGGCAGCAGAUCUAUCAUAGUACAAGAAUGACCAAUUUGGGAGGUCCCAAAAGAACAAAGUUCUUAUAAUAAGCUGACACGUUUGGGUUUAGGGAAUAAUUAAUUGAGUAAUAUCGUUAUCAAUCCAAGGAUCAAAGGAACAAAAAAGAAAGCACCCAAUGAACCAACCAAGGAACUUCUUGAUCUCUCACAAUCAUGCAGAAUGUUUGCUUAUGUCAGCAUUACGCCUCCAUGAAUCACUCUAUAACCCAUUUACCCGGGGGAAUAUUGCACACAAACAAAUAAUAUUCAAUUAAGCCUCUAAAAUACAAGAUUUGACUUGACCCGUUGACUCAAUAAUUCCUUCAUUCAUCUUGUAUGUUUAAAUAAUUAUAUUUACCCCAAAGUCCCUAACAUUUUAAAUUUCUCUUUUAAUUAAUGGACAUGGUAUGAAGUAUUACUCAUUUUUGUGAUUUUUUUCACAAAACAAAAAAGAGAGCAUAUCUUGUGAUUUUUCUAAUAUGUUCUUCCUAACAAUUUUAGUUAUCCUGACAGAAACUUAUGUCGCUACUAUCGAAUUUCAUAAGCUCGUUUAAAAUUUCGGAGGAUGGCUUUUUAUUUUUCUAAUAUGUUUGAGAAAAAGAUAAAGACGGAGUGUGAAAAAGUUUCUCGACCUUAUCCUUGUUAUAAAAUCGAUCCAAGCAGUAGUCGAGAAGAACAUAAUAUAUAUGAGAUGCAUCGAAACCAAAUAUUUUAAAAUCGUACGAGAGGUUGUACCGAAAAAAGUAGGUGUUAGGGUAUUAUGUACUGAACUCAUGGUUUAACAAUGACUCAACUGUUUCACACCACCAAAAUUGUCUACCGAGUUAGACCCCGAUAAGUUAUUUUCCGCAUCGAUAUCGUAGGAUUUUUGCAAACACUACCCUAAACUACUACAAUGCUAGUACAUUUUGGCAAAGAGGAAUUAAUAAGUCUCUGCCCCCUAACCCCAGAAGGGCAGAAAACUGAUGAUUUCUCCCGUCAAAUGCGGGCAUCAACUCUAGUGUCGACAAGAGCAACAAAUACGACAUGCUAAUUUUCCAAUACACAAAGGAAACGGCAGCAUAAAAGUGACGAAGAGAAAAACUCGUCAAAUUCAUUAGCUAAUGAUGGCCAGGUUGAAUCAACUCUAUAUGCUUGACUUGAAAUAUAUGGCACAAGGAAAAAAAAAACAACCUUUAAUAACAGAGUCAAAAUCUCUUCCAAGUUCCACAAUUUCGGCCUUUGGUUCCGACACUAUUGAUGCACGCAUGUAGUAAAAUAAAAACCAACCAUCUCAUGAGCAAGGCUACUCCAAUAAAUCCAAAUAUCAUGAAAUUCUUCGAUAUCCUUUUUUUAACUCGAUCGAUGAGAACGUCGAUUACAACAUUCGAGGUUCUCAUCGAUCGAUUACAGAGGUUUCAACCACACUGAACUUGCUUAUGCUCUCCUUUACUCGAGUGCUAUUUGUAUAAAUAAAAAAAAGAUUAAGUAGGAAAAACGUCGAAUUAGGCGGUCUUUAUAGAUGAAUUCACUAAAAACGUCAUAUAUGACUCUUCCAUGAACGAGAGAAUCAUGUGUGUUAUUCAAUAUCAAUUUAUAUUGCCCUCACAUAUGCGAGUAAUUAUUCCGGUGCCGAUUCUAGCGCCUUUCUACAACUUCUCUAUGCAUGCUUGUGAGUUUUCUACAACCACAAAAUCAUCAGUUAUGACGGAAAAAAUUCAUUUCAGCGUGUAAAAAGAACACGAAGGACCACUACAAAUGAGAAAUAUGUGAUUGCACAAAAGCUAUCCGGAACAGAGUGACCUUUCAUAUUUCGUUGUUUAUAGAUCAAGUCAUGUAAAGAAGAACCAAAUCCUCUUAAUCGAACCAGGCUAAAGUAAAAUUUACGAAUAGUAAUUCUACUAUUAUUGGAUUCUGUUCAUUUUAUGCGAAGUCAUUUUCUUUUACCCCACCACAUGCACUAAUUCCAUCCCCCCUCUCCCUCUCUCUCCCUCUCCAACUGAACAAAUACCCAAAGGUUGAAAAUGAAAGGAAAAAUAUGAAAACCAAAUGCCAAAAACCCAUGGAAACGAAGACUUUCUCAACAUACAAAGCCAACCAAAAACCCCUUUCCCAUCUUUUCCCCCAAAAUCCAACCAUUAUUAUUUACACACAGAACUCUCAAUAUAAACACUAGAAAACCCCCCAAUCCUCCCAUCUCUUCACCAGGAAGAGGGAAUCCAUCCAUCCCCCUUGCCACCAAACUCCUCCUCCUCCUCCCAUUCAAACUCACCAAUCCCACAAACAGAAAGAACAAAAAGACACAUUAGGGAUAUGGGGCUAAGCACUAAUCUCUAUCCUCCAACUUUCAUUGAAUGGCUCAAACCACCUUCAUCAUCUUCACCUUCUACUCAACAACAAGUUCAUCUUACACUUCCUGUCCCAACUCAUCAUCAUGUCUUCUACCCACAAGUGGAGGAGGAGGAGGAGGAACAAGAAGAAGAAGAACCAUCCACCAAAUGCUUGCCUCUCCUUAGCAAGCUCAUGAGCAACCACCAAGAUUAUUCCAACUUGAAGCUGGAGGAGGAAGAAGAAGGAGAAGCCAUGGAGUUAGUUCACGAGGGAAUUAGUAGCAACUACAUGAUAAGUAGUAGUUGUACUAGUACUACUACUCAUAGUAACACUACUGUUGUUGAAGUUAAGCAAGAGGCUGAGAAGAAGGUCAAGGUUGCUCUCCACAUUGGUUUGCCUAGUGUUGUUUCUAGGGAUGAUGAAACUGAUGAGAACAUGAUGACCAGCAAGGUGUUUGAGUUGAAGGAAACCAAGAUAAUCAAGAACUACUGGAGCUCCCUUGGCUGUGGUGGUGGUGGUGCUGUUGUUGCUACUAGAGGUUCUUCAUUCAACAAGGAGAGCAGGUUCUGGAUCCCAACUCCAGCACAGAUACUUGUUGGCCCUAUGCAGUUUGCUUGCUCCAUUUGUAGCAAGACCUUCAAUAGGUACAACAAUAUGCAGAUGCACAUGUGGGGCCAUGGGUCCGAGUUCAGGAAGGGACCCGACUCGCUCAAAGGAACCCAACCGGCCGCAAUGCUGAGGAUGCCGUGCUACUGCUGCGCCCAUGGCUGCAAGAACAACAUCAACCACCCACGAGCCAAGCCAUUGAAGGACUUCAGAACCCUACAGACACACUACAAGAGAAAGCACGGCGCCAAGGCCUUCGGCUGCAGGAAGUGCGGCAAGACCUUUGCCGUCAAGGGAGACUGGAGGACACACGAGAAGAACUGCGGGAAGUUAUGGUACUGUAGCUGCGGGUCCGAUUUCAAGCACAAGAGGUCGCUCAAGGACCACAUCAGGUCGUUCGGGGGCGGUCAUUCGCCCCGCGCGCUCGAAGGGUUCGCGGAGGACGACUGCAGCAGGGAGUGCGUCACGAGUGCUGGAACUGAUGAUGAUGACGAGGAGGAGGAGUUUGCUUAGCUUUGCAGCUAGCUAGCUAGCUGAUCGGCGAUCAUGAGAGAGAGAAGUAACUGGUUUAUUAUGAUCGUCAAUCAUCUGCUCUCUGAGACAUUUUAGUUUGUGUAGUGCACGUUCGAGAAUCUGAAGAGUUUUAUUUUAUCCUACCUUGUAAUGUAAGAUAAAAGCGAAUUCUGGACUCGAAUUUUUGAGCCGAGAAUUUCUUUUAUCUGACGUGUAUGUGGUCAGAGUGUCUGAUCUGGAAAGCUUGUGCUUAGUAGCAAACAUUCUCUGAGAUGUAAGUGAGAUUGGUUUGCUCCGGAGCACUCGCCGGAGGACGAGUUGGCCUCUGAUGAAAGGAAAGAAAUAAGGGUAUCUUUAGUUUUGUUGAUUUGGAUGUGAUAAGAGUGAUGAUUUGAUUUCUGGUUUUGUGUGUUUGUGUUUUUUAGGCUAUGUUGCAUUGAGUUGAAGUAGUGAAGCAGAUGAAUUUUCUUCCUUAGGGUAUACUAAGGAUAAUGUUUGUGUAAGGUUAUCAUAUUGUUCCCAAGAUGGGGAAAAUUUGUCUGCUUCAUUGCUAAACUCGCAAUCCCUAGCUCCCUGAUCAAAAUGUUAUUGGGAUGUUUGACAUUGUUGAUCUUGUAUCAAUGUUCUCUUAAUAACGAAAUAGCAUUAUCCGUCUUCUAUGUAUAUAAACAAGUACCAUUCUUCUGUCAUCCUGAGAUUCAAAUUUAUGAUUUCAACAUUGAAACAAAGCUCUCAUUCGUGUGAUAUACCGAUUAGUUGGGUUAACUUGUAUGGCAGUAUGGGGUUAGUAGCUAAUAACAAACAUUUUCACCUAAUACGAAUGAAGAACAAAGGAAGUGAACCAAUGGCUCUAUGGAUUGUGUAACUGAUAAAGCUCGUUAAUUGACUAACUAUGUACUUAGUAGUCUAACUUGGAGGCCACCAUUCCCAACAACUGACAAUUCUUCUCCAUAAAACAUGAUUAGUUGAAAAGGGUUAGGGUAAUUAGCGCAUAAAUUUAAGCAAAAAAAUGAAGGCUUUAAUUUGUCAUUGUGUGUGCAUAUAUUUCCCAACUUGUAAGGGCAUGUGCAAUAGAUACAAUAAGUUAAGAGGACAAUAACUUGUAAGGGCUUUCUAUCAAUAAAUAUCAACAUAUAUAGAGUAAGCGUUUGGUACAAUAAGUUAGAGGACUAAUGUUUUUUUGGUGGGAAUCAUACUAAAAGAAUUUCUUUCAGACCUUCUCUUUAAAAGGAAAAUUCGAUUCACACCAAAAAAUUAUAAAGGAAAAUUAUGCGAUGUAUGUAUCGGAACUUAGAACCUCAUUUUGACGAGUCAUAUAUCUUAAUCACUUGCGUGAAAAUGUUACCAAUUAAACGAGCAUUAUAAUC